AUGCCAACACACGGAGACAGGACGGACAAUUACCCGACCCUGAGUCGUCCGUUUGAGUCAAUGAGACCAGAAUAUGAUGUGGUGAUUGUAGGAUCUGGCUAUGGAGCUGGAGUAGCAGCAAGUCGAAUGGCUCGAGCAGGAAAGAGCGUCGCGGUGUUAGAGCUUGGCUGGGAAAGACGAUCCGGAUCCUUUCCACGCACGUUUUCUCAAUGUCUGAGGGACAUGAGCAUCUCGGGGAGUUCUGUGAAGAACUCUUUCGUAUCAAAGUGGCUGUCGUCUGGGGAUCCCACACGGCUGUUUCAAUUGUUCCUGGGCGAUGGACAGCAUUCAUUUGCUGCUCACGGUAUGUGGAAUACAAUCGGAUUCCUUGUUCUUUACCAGAAUCCCAAGUACCAGCAGGUUCUAACAGUAAAUACAGGACUUGGGGGGACUUCGUUGAUCAACGCCGGGGUAUUCUUGAAGGCGGACAAAAAGACAUUGCAAAUGAGUCCAUGGCCGUCGGAAAUCAAGAACGAGCCCUCUCAUCUUGAUGAAUACUACUCACGCGCGGAGACGAUGCUACAACCUUCCAUAUAUCCAGAUACUGCAAGAUUGACCAAAUUGGAGCAACUUCGAGAGGAUUCGAGAUGGCUGGGAGAAAAGAAGAACUUCUAUCGAGUACCAUUGACAAUAUUCUUCCACGAGGCCCCUAAUAACGCAGGUGUCCCAAUGAAAGGGAACAGAUCUUCGGGCCACGAAUGCACCGGUCUCAAUGACGGCUCAAAGAAUUCCGUGGCGACAACAUAUCUUGCAGAUGCGUGGAACCGGGGAGCUGAGAUAUUCUGCGGCUGUGAGGUUCGAUUUGUAGAGAAGAUGGAUGGAGGAGGCUAUAUGAUAUACUUCGCCUGGCACGGUAGUGGGAGGUCUGUGUUUGCAGAUCAUUUCAAAGAACAGCUAUUCUGGGUCAAAGCAAAGGAAUUCUGCUUCCUUGGAGCAGGUGCUCUAGGCACUACUGAAAUCUUGCUGCGAUCAAAGAAGCGCGGUCUGCACAUGUCUCCACUCAGCCGAUAUCAACGGUAUCGCCCGUCAAUCUUCGCGCUCGGCAACCCCCCUGGACCAACCGUGACUGCUAUAGUUGAUAACCGCAUCGUUGAUCACAAGGACAAUCCUCUUGAUGGCUAUGUCAUUCAGGAUGGUUGUAUUCCCGAGACAUUCAACCCUGUGAUUCAGGUUAUGCUCACCCUGCAGACUAUGAAAAGCCAGGCUUUAUCAUUCAUGUGGAACCCUCGACAGGAAGUCAGCAAGACCCUCGCCUCUCUCAAGUCCCUUCUACUCGGCCCGUAUGCAUCCAAUGGAGCCCUUCAGCGGACUUCAACAUAUUUGGUGAUGUCUCAUGACAGCAAUGAGAUAACACUGACCUUGAAGAAUGAUAGUUUGUGCCUGCGAGGGCCAGCAGAAGGACAGUCUCAGCAUUUUAGAGGGAUAAAACAGAUGUUCAAGCGACUGUUUGCCCGCACAGGAGCCAGGAUGGGAUUUUCAUAUUUUUAUGGUCGCUACCAGGAGGAGAUCACAGUCCAUCUCCUCGGAGGAGCCAACAUGAGCAGCAACGGAACGGGACAAGGGGGGGUAACAAACCAUUUAGGAGAGGUAUUCCAAGGGCAUGGUAGUGAAGUAUACAAAGGUCUCAUGUGCUGCGAUGCAUCCAUAAUACCGACAGCCUUAGGAGUCAACCCACUGGCAACAAUAGCUGCCCUCUCCGAGCGGUCUAUCAGUUUAAUUACCGAGAAGUCCGGAUUAUCAAUUGAUCUCAGAACUAAGAAUCAACCUCUUGACACCGAUAGCAAGCCUAUGAUACCACGAGAUGACCCGGAUCAUCAAGACGAUACCAAGACAGCAUCAAAUUCUAUAGGAUGGCAGUUCACAGAGACCAUGCAUGGGCACAUCUGCAAGGGGCCUGAUGUCGGAGAUUUUGAACUUUCCGAAGCUAUGGGCAAGGGUUCAUCCUGUCAGUUGCGGGCAUUCCUCACAAUUGAGAUUUGCAGACGGAAAGGUAAGAAGUCGGGAGAAUACUAUAGCGUCGGAAAGCUUAUGACUGCAGGAUUACGAUAUCAAGGAAUAUGUACUGGGACAGUUUCUUGUUAUGUGUUGUCUCAAACCACACUCAAGAUUGUCGAUGGGACAAUAGAAUUCUUCACACCAGUACCAGAAUAUGCUGAAGCAUCCGCCAUUUCAUACCAUCUGAAGCUUCUUUCUGUUGAGGGCAUACAGUAUCACUUGGAAGGACAGAAAGUUAUCAAUUCGGAGAUAGCAUUCUCCAUCAGAAAGACCUGGGAAUCGACGACUACGGUGAACAUCACUAUCACUCGACAAGAUGGGGCAAAGAUUGGAGUAGGGGCCCUUCAUAUCUCUCUGCCAGACCUCCAAAAGCAGAUGAGAACAUUUCGGACGACAAAAGUAUUUCAGCUCAGUCUUCUUCUAUCUUUGGUAGGAUUUUUGGUCUUUUUCGUGUACCAUAUCAGUCUCUUCUUCUUUCGCCCUUUUGUUCCCCUGCGCUUCCACCAAAUCAACAUCCAACAUACCGCCGACUCAAAACAACUUCCUUCUCUCUCACGCAAGAUAAUCGCGAGUGAUGGCGUGCAUAUCCUCCUUGAUAGAUAUGACCCAGCCCCACUACAAGGUAUUGACGAACCGGGACCAAAUUCAACUCUUUCACCAGUCCUCCUGUUGCCCGGAGUCACUGGAGUUAGUGCAAUGCACAAUCUGUUUUCCUUGCCCUUCUUGCGCUGCAGCAUGGUGAAAUAUUUUACCGAGAAGGGGUAUCGAUGCUAUGUACUCACUCCGCGCUGGGGUUGUGACUUUGCAGUGGCACGGAAAUCCACUGUUUUCGACUGCCGUCUUGACGUUGCUGCUGCCGUAGCAUACAUUCGAACCAAAGAGGAACAGAAGCCAUACGUGAUAGCCCAUUGUCAAGGCUCAGUGGCUCUCUGCAUGGGACUGUUGGAUGGAUCAAUCCAGAGUAGUCACCUUCUUGGCCUUACUGUCAACUCUGUUUUCAUGAACCAGGUCUUUGCGUACUGGAAUUCGCUCAAAGGGAGGACCACGCUGUUAAUCCAACUCUAUGAACUGCUGGCUGGAAAUUAUUUUCCGAUACUUAGCAGUGAUGGAGAUAUUCUUUUUCAACGAUUCCUUGACGCCCUUCUUCGUCUUUACCCCGUUGGACACCCACAAGAUUUCUGUACUUCCACAGCGUGUCACCGAACAUCUUUCGCUUUCGGCUUGCUAUGGAAUCACAAGAACCUUGAUAUGGAUCUUCAUGACAACAUUCACCAAUUUUUCGCAGGAACUCAUACAAAGCUUAUGAAGCAAAUCGUGCGCAUAGGAUCCAGAGGCGUCUGCAUGGACAAUGAUUCGCGCCCUCUUUUGACAACCGAGAAUUUGCAACGGUUACAAGGUCUGCCGAUUCUCUUUGUUUCGGGUACGGAGAACCAAGUGUUCAAUUCUGAGUCUACUCUCAAGGAUUACGAGUUGUUGCGACGUCGGUUUGGCGAGAGGCUUUAUCGCAGGUUCCUCGCGGAGGGAUACGGACAUCUUGAUCCUAUCAUCGGAACACAUGCCGCCGAGGAUGUAUACUGGAGGAUAUUUGCACAUCUCAGAUGGUGUGCAGAGGACAUCGAUGUGUCCAAAAUCAAGUAG